AUACGAAAGCUGCGCGAGCAGUAUGUCGGCGUCUCUGAAGCAGAAGGUGUCAUUCGAAAGGUCAUUAACGUUCACCUUGAGACCGCCCCGCUUCGUCUACUGAACACUGCUACUGGGCUAUUAUGUGCCCGAGAAGUGCAGAUACGUAUGUUCGAAGCCAGCACAGGAUACAAGGAGCUCCUGUUAUUGACUAUGAAGCAUCCACCCCUGAAACGCAUCGCAGAAGCGGUGGUUGCGUACUUCGGUUGCGUCAUGCUAUCACAUAGGUGGGAGGGGACAGAGCCGCUGCUGCACGACAUCCAGGACAGGGUCGUGUACAAGUUGACGUCAGGUGGUAGUAUCGCGAAGUUGCAGUUAUUCUGCAAAACCGCUCGUGAUGCGGGGUAUCACUGGGCGUGGGUUGAUACAUGUUGCAUCGACCAGAAGAACAGCGUCGAGCUCCAAAAAUCGCUGAAUUCCAUGUUCACCUGGUAUCACCAUUCAGCGCUCACGGUUGUCUACCUGGCGGAUGUUCCGCCUUCGUCCAAGUCGGGCGCGCUGGCGAAGAGCGCUUGGAACACUCGAGGAUGGACUGUCCCCGAAUUCCUCGCUCCUAAAGUCAUUCGCUUCUACCAACAGGAUUGGACUCCAUAUCUCGGCGACGAUUCCCCCAACCACAAGGAGUCUGUCAAGAUCAUGGGCGAGUUGGAGGAUGCGACGGGCAUAGAUGCACGUGCCCUUGUCGCCUUCCAACCAGGGAUGAGAGACGCCCGAGAGAAACUCCAAUGGGCAUCAACGCGUGUCACCACCGUGCCGGAAGACACUGCAUACUCAUUAUUUGGCAUCUUCGGCGUCCAACUCCCUAUCCUUUACGGUGAAAAAAAACAUAAUGCGCUCGGGCGACUCCUACAGGAAAUCAUAGCUCAGUCUGGUGACAUUACUGCCUUGGACUGGGUCGGGAAACCUUCCGAGUUCAACAGUUGUCUGCCAGCUGACAUCUCCUCAUACGAAGCUCCGCCAUGUGUGGAGCCAUCUCUAUCCGAAGAUCAGAUUCAAUUAUUUGUUUCCGCUCUGCGAGAUGCUGUGGCUCUAGAAUCAACUUCGAGAUUGUAUCAGACACUCGACUACCUGAGUGCACCCCGUUUCUCCCACCGCCGGUUACAUUUACCUUGCAUUGUAUUCCCAGUCACAGAAGCCAGGCGGAGCUCUGGUCCAGACCAGGAGACAUAUACGUAUGCAAUCAAGGCGGACGGGCUCCAUGACCUGCAGAUCACUACGAAACACAAGUUCAUCCCAUUCUCGCGGGUCAGGCCACUGCGCACCGGGCUAACGUUUUUGCUUGUCCGUCCAUGGAGUCGUCACCUGCUUGAGCUGCCUGAUGCUGCAGACGACACGCGGAGCGUGACAGAUUGGUCCGUGCGAUCUUUGUUGCACGAUCGGCCCUCUGCAGAAAAUGAUCCAGUUUAUUCGGAGUUUCACUCGCGAGCAUUACGAUUAAUGGUUCGCCUUGCGCAGCCUUUUGCCGCAUUUUUGUUAAUGCGGCAACACUCUGGAGAAUUCAAGAGAAUCGCUUCGGAUCGUGAUAUCCUUGCACAAGUCAAGGACAUCGCUUCUGUUCACGACACGAUGGGCAUCAGGACCAUAGAAAUUUCGUAGACAUACUGUAUAAUUUCCUUCAAAUCAGAUGUCGGAAUUAUUCAUCACGCACUUGUACUUCUCUGACCUGCACCAUUAACGCCCUUUCGUAUUCCCCGCAAUGGCUCAAUUACUAAUUUACGCAUCCUCUUCGUAAUGCCCUACGAGCAGUACAUAACACGAUCCAAUAUCACCGUACCCGGUUAUCACGACCCGAACGCCAACAGUCAUGUACAUGACUUCCCUGAUGACUCAAGUACUACGAUUGCACGAGCCGCCCCCCACCAUGUUUUCUCUGUACUCCUGUUCGGAU